AGUUUUUAGGGUAUGACUCCCCAGGCCCCUUAGAUAGGAAUCUGGGCAAGAGAGAAAAAAUGUCAGUUUAGUCCUCAGUACAUUCUGUGGGUUUGAACAGAUGUCUAAUGCCAUAUCCACCACUGUCAUAUCAUACAGAGUAGUUUCACAGUCCUGCAGAUCCCCUGUGCUCUGCCUGUUCAUCCCUCUCUCCCCCAACCCCUGCCAACCACUGCUCUUUUUACUGUCUCCAUGGUUGUGCCUUUUCCAGAAUGUGACAGAGUUGGAAUCUUACAGUAUGCAGCCUUUUCACAUCAGUUUCUUUCAGUUGUAAUAUGCAUUGAAGGUUCUUUCAUGCAGCUCAAUAGUGUUUGGCAGAAACUCAAAGGCAGGGAGAGGAAUGGGAAAUCUGUGUGGUGGAAAAGAGGAAGAGGAGUCCUGAUGGGACUGCCAGCUGCCAGAGGCAGCUGCUAGUGAAGUGGCUUCAUUGUCUGGGGUGACACCCAAGGUUCAUUGUCUCACAGCCACAGAGAUCAAGGGCAUGGACACACAAAGGGUGAGGUUAAGAGUGGAAAUUUAAUAGGUGAAAGAAAGAGAAUAGCUCUCUGCUACAGAGAGGGGUCCCGGAAAAAUAGGUUGCUGAUGCACAGUGAAAUGCAGAUUUUUAUAGAUGAGCUAGUGGGGAGCAGUGUCUGAUCUACAUCGGGUGCAAAAAAACAGGACCAGGUGUGCCAUCUGCAUAGGGCAUGAAUCUCUGGAUGCCCCCACACCAAUCUUCUAUUUAUUACGCAGACUCCACCUCCAAGACAAGACUCGGAAAAAGGUGUGAAGCUCAAGUCGGAUGACCACGACCCACGCAUGGCCACGGACGGGCCCAUGUUACUCUUCGCAGUCCUCCUGGAACAGCCGGGCCGGUCCUCACCUCCGGGGAGGGGCUUGGAGAUAAUGGGUGUAAUGGAAGGCCUGAGGACCUGGCCCCACGCCAGUGGGCGUCCGGCAGAGUACCCCAUCCCCCGUUCACACUCUCAGAAGGCCCAUCGAUUCCUGCGUGUACUAGUCGACCCGCUCAGGCCACAGCACUCCGAGCUCAAGAGUGCGCCUCCAACGCUGACCCGCAGGUUUAAUCUCCGACGAAAGGACGAAGAGUACACCCGGCAAAGCGAGGCUCAUCCUGCCAGUGCUGCCAGUGCCGCCAGUCCCCUUGAACUCUGCAUGGCGCCCUGUGGCCAAAUCCCCUUUCUUGCCUGCUUCGCCAGAGCGCCAGAGAGAAAACCUUCAAAGUGCAGCCAGGUGGCGCCCGACAGCCGGCGCAAGCAGCCGCGGAUAGAAUGGGCAUCGCCAGCGGGCGAGGCCUCUCCUAGUCCCAGACCACCUGGGAUCGCGUUUCUUGGCCUGGGGCGGGUGGAGGAGCUCCCAGUCGGCAUGGCCUGGAAUGAAGCGACCCCGCAGCCGAAGGGGACUUGAAAAUUUUUCCUAACAACCGUUCCACUCCGAGGGACUGCUACCUGCUAGGACAGACCUCCCACGCGGCUCAGGGCCUGGCGAUCUUCCGCGGGAACUGGGAACGUUUCCGGAGACCCCGGCAGGCCGGCGCUCUGCCUCGGCUUCACAGUGCAGCGGGGUCCCGGGUUCCCCGAGGAUUCGGAAGUUUUGCGGGGCGCCGGCGGCGGGAGAGACCGUGAAGUUGAAACCGUGAAAGGCAGAACGUGGGUGAAUCGCUUUUAUUCUGUCUUUUCGGAGUGGGGAAGCCUUUCUAAAGCAUAAAAUAAACCCAGAAGCCAUCAAGGAAAUGAUUGAUCAGCUUGACAACAUGAAGUUUCACAAGCAACGUCAAAAGAUAACAAAUGAUUGUGGGGAUCACUUAUGCAUAAGAUAAGAAUAUUGAC